AUGGAAAGACAACUUCUAGCAGUGAUAUGUUUCUUGGCUUUGAUGACAAUAUGGUCAAGAGUGAAUGCAGCGGUUAUUCCAAAUUCGUGUCCACUACCACCACAACUGAAAGCUAAGUACGAUUUUAACUGGAAAUUAAAAAAUGGUGAAAAGCAAAAUUUAAUCGCCAAAGUUGCUUAUCUUAAACUUGUACUCUCCUGGUCACCAACUUAUUGUGAAUCACUUUCCGCAGCAAAUCGAAAUAAACAAUUUCAAUGUCGUAAUAGUGAUAGUUUUGGUUUGAUUGUUCAUGGUCUAUGGCCACAAGCAGCGAAACCAGCAUCAAUAGAUGAUCAUCCACGUAAUUGUCAAGAUGACAAACAAUUGAAUGCUACGCUUGUUAAACGAUUUUACUGUAUGAUGCCCGAUGAAUAUCUUAUGCAAGCUGAAUGGGAAAAACAUGGGUCUUGCCAUUAUGCAACAGCAAAUGAUUAUUUAACAACAAUAGAAAAUUUUUAUCGUUCAUUAAAUAUUCCAAAUAUUCGAUCUAUGAAAAAUUCAACACAAGCAAAGAUUAGAAGUGCAUUUCUUCAAAGUAAUCCAAAAUUAUUUUCAUCGGCCAUACAAAUAUCGAUGAAUCCACCGAAUCGCUUGAAAGAAGUUAAAAUUUGUUAUGAUUUAAAGAAUCAAUUGAAAAAUUGUAAUUCUUAG